AUGAACGUUAUUUUAAUGGUUGCUGCUGUGACAGCUAAUAUAGCAGGGCUGAAGGCUGAGAGAAGAAGCCCUGGAAGCUGUCAGAGAGGAGCCAUGGACACUGUCUCUGAACCGGACCCUGGACUCACUAUGGAACCUGAGGACAAGUCUUUGGACCCGAGGAAGACCAGCCACAGAAGAUUUGGUUCAGUGAUGCCCACAGAGGAGGAGGAGGAGGCCCCCAGCAUCACAGAGUUCCACUCCUCUACCCACGUGUUGCCCGUGGGCCAAACGGCCCGCUACACCUGCCACGCCGGCGGCACGCCGGAGCCCACAGUAGAGUGGCUCCACAACGGCAGGCCCCUGGAGAGGAACAGCACAGUCAACCAAUCAGAGGCCUGGGUGGAGAGGGGGUUCCUCUUCGUCAGAGGUGGGAGGUACGGCGUGAACAUGGUCUGCUGCAUGGCGAGCAGCAGCGCUGGCACGGCCAAUCACAGCGCUGAGCUGCUUGUCUUUGAUGCCUGUGACCUCACACUGGACCCCAACACGGCCCACAGACGACUCUCUCUGUCUGAGGACAACAGGAAGGUGACGCGGGUUGAAGAGGACCAGUCGUAUCCGGAUCACCAAGACAGAUUUGACUACUAUCUCCAGGUGUUGGGUAGAGAGGCUCUGACUGGCCGCUGUUACUGGGAGGUAGAGUGGGAAGGACGGGUUGUUAUAGGAGUGACAUACAGAGGAAUCACAAGGAGAGGACGGGAUGUUGACGGCUGGCUUGGACAGAACAACAAGUCCUGGGUACUUUAUUGUACUGAUGGACUUUACGCUGCCCGGUACAACGGUACAGAGACAGCCCUCCCUCUCCCCCCCGCUGGCUCCACCAGAGUAGGAGUGUAUCUGGACCGGCCUGCUGGCUCUUUGUCCUUCUACAGAGUGUCCCCAGGUGGAGGAGGGUCCUCAGACACACUGACACACCUCCACACCUUCUGGUCCUCCUUCACCCAGGAGGACCUCCUCCCGGGGGUGAGGGUAUGGUGGGGGGGGGGGGUCCUCAGCCUCUCUGUGUCGGUUGUAGAAAAUAAAAACGGGCGCGGGUCCCCGGGGCCGCAGUGAUCCCUCAGAUGUAGCGGGGGGCAGACUCAGUGUCGUAAAAAAAAAAAGUGCAGCCCCCUCCGCCCCGGCGCACACACAAACACACACGCA